AGGUGGACACUAUUCAACCUGCUGGGGCAGGAUGGUAAUCAUAGAGGAUGCAGAUAGUUUGCGGGCACAGGAGCGAGAGAAUAUCAUCAUGAACUAUGAGAAGGGACACCGAGCUGGGCUGCUAGAGGACAUGGGGCCUGAGCCUGUUGGAAUCUACAACAACAUUGAUCGCUUUGGGAUUGUGCAUGAGACAGAGCUGCCUCCUGCCACUGCUCGGGAGGUGAAGCAAAUGCGGCGGGAGAUAACACGAAAGAGCAAGUGGAUGGAAAUGCUGGGACAGUGGGAGACAUAUAAGAACAGUAAAAAGCUGAGAGAUCGAGUAUAUAAGGGCAUUCCCAUGAACAUCCGGGGCCAAGUGUGGUCAGUCCUGCUGAACAUACAGGAAGUCAAGUCGAAAAACCCCAGAACAUACAAGGUCAUGAAGGAGAAGGGCAAGAGGUCAUCUGAACACAUCCACCAGAUCGAUGUGGACAUGAGCAGGACAUUAAGGACUCACAUCUUCUUCAGGGAUCGAUACGGAACCAAGCAGCGGGAACUAUUCUACAUCCUCCUGGCAUAUUCGGAGUAUAACCCGGAGGUGGGCUACCGCAGGGACCUGAGCCACAUCGCGGCCUUGUUCCUCCUGUAUCUGCCUGAGGAGGAUGCAUUCUGGGCACUGGUGCAGCUGCUGGCCAGGGAGAGGCACUCCCUGCAGGGAUUCCACAGCCCAAAUGGCGGGACAGUCCAGGGCCUCCAAGACCAUCAGGAGCAUGUGGUCCCCACGUCACAACACAAGACCAGGUGGCAUCUGGACAAGGAAGGUCUUUGCGCGCAGGGUUCCUCCUUAGGCUGGCUUCUCCAGACGUUGAAUGACGGGGUAGAAGGCACAGGGAGACCCUGGCUCAGGGACCCUCCUUGCCCUGCAGUGCCCUGCUUCCCCAGCCCGGGGGUCUGGGUCAGCCACAGCCCACAGGAGGCUCCGCCCACAGGGGGGCCCUCACAGGACACCCAAACCAAACCCUCUGCCCAAGAGGGGUCAUCCCAGGGCAAUGACUGGAGCUCCAGGACCACCUUAUAG